GAUCCAGAGAUCGGGCAGACUUGGGAGGACCGAUGGGAGAGACGCAAGGACUAGCCCAGUGUGCAGCAGGAGCUGGGACAGGCUGCAGGGGGACAGUGCAGAUGGCUGACUAGGACAGUGGACUGCAGACAAAGCAUAGAGCGAAGCUAGGACCCGAGCAUCUGGAUGGGGCCCGGGAGCGCUGGGACAGUGGGGAGGGGAGACAAAAGAGGACAGUGGGUGAACCAAGAAGGUGACUCCAAGAUAAGUCCAGAUAGAAAGGGGCCACUUAGAGAGUGGAUUGUAUAUGAAUGUACAGAGUGAAGCAGGGACCAGGAGGGUUGGGACCAGGGACCUGGGGCUCCGGGGUGUGCAGUGGUGGCAUUUGGACAGAUGGACUGGGAAGUACUGAGAGCUCUCAGGAAGAUAGCGGUAAGAGCUUCUCCCUCCACCUGUUUGGGAUACCAGCUGGGUAUCCAGCUGCUCAGCCCAGCCCCCUCCUCCCAAGCAGGAUUCAGCACUGAAAGCCCUGGGGACGGAAGGCCUCUUUCUCUUUUCCUCCUUGGACACUGACCGGGAUAUGUACAUCAGCCCGGAGGAGUUCAAGCCCAUCGCUGAGAAGCUGACAGGGUCAACUCCUACAGCCAGCUAUGAGGAGGAGGAGCUGCCCCCUGACCCCAGCGAGGAGACACUCACCAUAGAAGCCCGAUUCCAGCCUCUGCUACCAGAGUCCAUGACCAAGAGCAAAGACGGGUUCCUAGGGGUCUCCCGCCUGGCCCUGUCCGGCCUCCGCAACUGGACGACCGCAGCCUCACCAAGUGCAGUGUUUGCCGCCCGCCACUUCCGGCCCUUCCUUCCCCCACGGGGCCACGUGGAGCUGGGUGAACCCUGGUGGAUCAUCCCCAGUGAGCUGAGCGUCUUCACUGGCUAUCUGUCCAACAACCGCUUCUACCCACCACCGCCCAAGGGCAAGGAGGUCAUCAUCCACCGGCUCCUGAGCAUGUUCCACCCUCGGCCCUUCGUGAAGACCCGCUUUGCCCCUCAGGGGGCUGUCGCCUGCCUGACUGCCGUCAGCGACUUCUACUACACUGUGAUUUUCCGGAUCCACGCAGAGUUCCAGCUCAGCGAGCCGCCCGAUUUCCCCUUCUGGUUCUCACCCGGCCAGUUCACCGGCCACAUCAUCCUCUCCAAAGAUGCCACCCAUGUCCGUGACUUCCGGCUCUUCGUGCCCAACCACAGGUCUCUGAAUGUGGACAUGGAGUGGCUGUACGGGGCCAGUGAGAGCAGCAACAUGGAGGUGGACAUCGGCUACAUACCCCAGAUGGAGCUGGAGGCCACGGGCCCCUCAGUGCCCUCAGUGAUCCUGGACGAGGAUGGCAACAUGAUUGACAGCCGCCUGCCCUCGGGGGAGCCCCUCCAGUUUGUGUUUGAGGAGAUCAAGUGGCAACAGGAGCUGAGCUGGGAGGAGGCCGCCCGGCGCCUGGAGGUGGCCAUGUACCCCUUCAAGAAGGUCACCUACUUGCCAUUCACCGAGGCCUUUGACCAAGCCAAGGCCAAGAACAAGCUGGUGCACUCAAUCCUGCUGUGGGGGGCCCUGGACGACCAGUCCUGCUGAGGUUCAGGGCGAACUCUCCGGGAGACCGUCCUGGAAAGUUCGCCCAUCCUUGCCCUCCUCAAUGAGAGCUUCAUCAGCACCUGGUCCCUAGUGAAGGAGCUGGAGGACCUGCAGAAUAACCAGGAGAACCCUUCCCACAAGAAGCUGGCUGGCCUGCACCUGGAGAAGUACAGCUUCCCCGUGGAGAUGAUGAUCUGCCUCCCCAAUGGCACUGUGGUCCACCACAUCAAUGCCAACUACUUCUUGGACAUCACCUCCAUGAAGCCUGAGGAUAUUGAGAACAAUGUCUUCAGCUUCUCAUCAACUUUUGAAGACCCAUCCACGGCCACCUACAUGCAGUUCCUGAAGGAGGGCCUUCGGCGUGGCCUGCCCCUCCUCCAGCCCUAGUGUGCCUGCCGGGCGGGGAGACGCCAGGCUGGAUGGGGAGCUGGACAGGCCCCUCCACCCGAAGCCAGAGUGGUCCUUGCACAUUUCACACGUCAGGCCCUCCCACUCCCCAACUCAGACUGCCUGGGGGUCCGAAGUCAACUAAGGGUGGCCAUCUUAGCUUUGUCUCAGUGAUGGGGGUGGGGUACAAGGGGGUCCCUGGCUGACCAGGUGGAAGAACCUUUAGCUCUGGGCUGCUUCCAUCAGCCUUUUACUACCUACUUGGCUCUGGAAGUGGCUUGGAACCCUCA